AUGAACACGUCCCCGGGCACGGUGGGCAGUGACCCGGUCAUCUUGGCCACUGCGGGCUAUGACCACACGGUGCGCUUCUGGCAGGCCCACAGUGGGAUCUGUACCCGCACGGUGCAGCAUCAGGACUCUCAGGUGAACGCACUGGAGAUCACGCCUGACCGCAGCAUGAUCGCGGCUGCAGUUUACCCUGUGCCCCUAGGUUACCAGCACAUUCGCAUGUAUGAUCUCAGCUCCAACAACCCCAACCCCAUCAUCAGCUACGACGGGGUCAACAAGAACAUCGCGUCUGUGGGCUUCCAUGAGGACGGUCGGUGGAUGUACACGGGUGGGGAGGACUGCACUGCUCGGAUCUGGGACCUCAGGUCCCGCAACCUACAGUGUCAGCGGAUCUUCCAGGUGAACGCACCCAUUAACUGCGUGUGCCUGCACCCCAACCAGGCGGAGCUCAUCGUGGGUGACCAGAGCGGCGCCAUCCACAUCUGGGACUUGAAGACCGACCACAAUGAGCAGCUGAUACCCGAGCCUGAGGUCUCCAUCACGUCUGCCCACAUUGACCCCGAUGCCAGCUACAUGGCAGCCGUCAACAGCACCGGGAACUGCUACGUCUGGAAUCUGACUGGGGGCAUUGGCGACGAGGUGACACAGCUCAUCCCCAAGACCAAGAUCCCUGCACACACCCGCUACGCCCUGCAGUGCCGCUUCAGCCCUGACUCCACGCUCCUUGCCACCUGCUCGGCUGACCAGACGUGCAAGAUCUGGAGGACGUCCAACUUCUCCCUGAUGACAGAGCUCAGCAUCAGGAGCAGCAACCCGGGAGAGUCAUCCCGAGGCUGGAUGUGGGGCUGCGCCUUCUCGGGGGACUCUCAGUACAUCGUCACCGCCUCCUCUGACAACCUGGCCCGGCUCUGGUGCGUGGAGACAGGAGAGAUCAAGAGAGAGUACGGGGGCCAUCAGAAAGCUGUGGUCUGCUUGGCCUUCAACGACAGCGUGCUGGGCUAA